AUGAAUAUUUUUUAUUUACAGAUCGAUGAAAAUUCGGAAAUAGCUACUGAUACUGUUGACUUUGAAAAUAAUAAUACGGCAUUAGAAGAGAAUGAUAGAGAAGAAAACUCAAAUGCUGCGGAUGAAAUUAUUGAAAAUCGAGUUCAAGAACUAACCGAAACGUCUUCAUCUACAUUCACUGUGUCAUCAAAACUGGCAACGAAGAAAAGGGGCAAAACAAAUAAAAGACAGGACGAGGUACAUGAAGCCAUUGACAAAACAAAUAAAAUUGCCGAGAAUGUUACUAAAAUACAACAUCUUUACUACAAAAUAAAGAAGAUGAAUUCGACAUUUUUGGGAGAUAUAUAG